UGAAAGUAGUAAGGGCAGACAUUUUUUUUAUAGUACAAGGACAUCUUUACGGGAGAUAGUGUCAUGUGAUGAGAACAAAAGGGAGGAGGUUAUGUUGUGUAGGAUGAGAUUAGGGCAUACGGGAUUGAAUUCAUUUUUUUAAUUGAUAGGAAAUAUGGUACUGGAAUGUGUAAUGGCUGUAUGGUAGAGGAAACGGUUGAACAUGUAUUACCAUUUUGUGAAAUGUGUGUAGAAAGGGAGAGUGUGUUUGACAGGGUCAGAGGUUGGACGGGAGUGGAUGGUAUUUUGGGUGGGGGUGAUGGGAGUGGUGAGGUUUGCGCGGAGUUAUUUUAUUUUAUUAGAAAUCCAGGGUUAGUCAAGAGAAUAUACUGUAGUGGUAUAGCUAGGUCGUCACACUCCAGUACAGUAGGUGGCGGUGWAUGCACUUGUCAGUUGAUUGCGAUUUGCCAAUAAAACUUAAAGAUGAAGAAGGGCAACGCAACUACUGUAGUACAUUUUGUGUUGACCUGCCCACUUUCUAUAUCCUGGAAACUGUAGGUAGACUAUGUUUUUUUCCCUUUCCAUAUGUAAGACAUAGGCUACAUUGUAGCCAAUAUGUUUCUGUCCGUAGAGUGGCCAGUUUAGAUUGUUGCAGCAUAUGUUUAUGCAGMGAAACCAUAUUCAACUAAAUCUAAAGACGUUGGAUGUUUUUUUAAUUGUUUGAUUUUACAUAAGGCGUCUGAAAAAAUGAAAGUGUGUUUCGUCUUGUGUGUGCUGAGCACCGUGGUAGUUAACGUUACUUGUUCGGGAGAAUAUAGUCGCUUCGACAAGGCAUUUAACUAUUCCCCGGGAAUACAAGUCCUCCGGGAGACGCUCACGGAUUGGUCCCAGGASGCGCACGGUUACCUUGUCCACCUUAUCGGGGCGCGGUCUGUUGAAACUGCACAGAAGUGUUUCUUUCAGUUGGUCAAGUAUCUGGCUGCGGUAGCGGCCAGUGGCGCAAAUGUGGUUAUGAAGUACCUCACCCAGUUCCUGAGGGCAGCAGGAGUUGAUGUUGAAAUGCCUGUUAACAGUAUCACCCCAGAUGCUGUGGUCAAUAUCGGUCAGUGGCUUCUGCUGGCUCUCAUUGGCUACUGGCUGCUGUCCCUGGCCUUCCGCUUGGUGGCAUCCACUCUGAGGCGGGUCCUGUGGCUACUGAAGCUGGGUGUGGUUUUAGGACUGUUUGGCUUGAUCCUAAGCGAUCACAGCGCUGGAACAGAGACUACGGCGCUGCGAUUGGCCGGCCUGGUGAGCGUCUGCGUCCUAUUGGGUAUAGGGCAUUCUGGCACCGGAGGCGACAAAACCGACCUGGAGGAUCAAGUGAGGGUGCUAGAGAGACAAGUGAGAGAAAUGGAGAGGAGGAGGAGGAGUGAGUGAGGGAUGGAUGGAUGGGAAUUGAAAGGCCUUGUUUUGAACAUAAUCUAGGUCUAGGAURGUAAUCACGACAUUGUACAUAACGUUUUGGUAUUGUUUUGCAUAAUAAAGCAUUUGCKUUUUUCAUAAAGA